UGUACUGCUUUUAUUAGAUUUAUUAAGUAUUUUUGCUCAAGAAAAUUACCUAGGGUUUUGAAGCAGGGGCUUUCAGUCGAUUGCUGGAAUUGUCAAUUGGAUCGAAGAGGUAAACCGCUCUCAACUUCUGUAUUCAAUCAUGUUCAGUCAAAUUCGCAAAUUCAAAUUCUAUGAUGUAAGAUUCUCUCACGUUGCUUGCUCACCAUCACUCGCCAAUUACAUUCUUCUACAACUCCACCAAUUUUCAUCACCAGCUACAAAUGCCCUAGAAUCGAGCUCAAAAGAUCCGAAUCCGAAGUCAUUCGCCGCGGUUUAUCUCGAAAACAAUUACGGUUUUCCCCCAAAACGAGCCCUAACUUAUGCUAAGCGCCUCAACUUCGAUUCCCCUGAAAAACCCCUUUACGCUAUUGCAUUCCUCAAAAAACACAGUUUCACCGAUGCCGACAUCUCACGCAUCGUUAAGAAGUGGCCUGUGGUUUUGAGCCGCGGCCCCGAAUCUAAUUUUCUGCCCAAGUUUGAAUUUUUGCGUAGUUUGGGAUUAUCGAGCUCAGAAUUAGUGAAGGUUCUGACAUUGCAGCCAAAUUUGCUGGAUAGAAGCUUAGAGCGCCAGAUAAUCCCAUGUGUUGAUUUCCUUCGUAGCCUCCUAGGCUCCAACAAAGAUGUGGUGUUCUCGAUCCUGCGCCACCCUGGCAUUCUUAGGGAGACUUUGCAGAAGACGUUGUUACCCAAUGUGGGAAUCUUGAGAGAUGUUGGUGUGCCUGAAUCCCACAUUGCAGCCUUGUUGAGAGCUGCUCCUAGACGGAUAGCUCUUGAUCCUGGCAAUUUUAAGUUAGCGGUGCAGGAAGUUAUUGAUCUUGGGUUUAAUCCUGCGACAAAGGGUUUCAUCACGGCGUUAAAGGUGAUGAGGCAGCUGAACAGUUUGUCUUGGAGGGAAAAGGUCAAGCAUUACACGAGAUGGGGUUGGUCCGAGGAUCAAGUGUUUGAUGCUAUCAGGAAGUAUCCGUUGAUGAUGGCCGUGUCCAAGGAGAAGAUCACCAAAAUCUCGGAUCUUAUCAUCAAUACAAUGGCGUGUGAUGCUUCUAUUUUCAUGACCCGGCCGGUGAUAUUUACGUUAAGCUUCGAGGGUAGGAUUGCACCACGGUGUGCCUUUUACCAAGUCUUGUUGUCGAAAGGUUUGGUCAGGAGAUCGAGCUUGGCCUCGAUGAUUGUCCGUACACCGAGCUUGUUUGUUGAGAAAUACGUGAAGCCAUUUGGGGAGGAAGAUCCUGAGCUCUUGAAGCUAUAUGAGGAUCUUUUUGGUAAAUCUAAAGCUUAGAUUUCCUAUGUGCUAGCUAGAAACUAACAGUUACUGACCACACUUGGUUUAAUUUAGAAACAUAUUGUGUCUUUAUCGUUAUCAAUGCUAGAACGAGUUUGUGGCCUGAGCUAGAACGAGCCGGUCUCCCAGAUUGCUCGAGCAAGUUGGGAUAAGGCGAAAUAAGCUGUUGUUGAACAAUGGUGAUGGUAAAUUCUGCUUCGUCCUAAUAUUUUGGAGCUCAACAUUUUUGUUAUAUAGCUCGCAUAUGCAGAAAGAGAUUUUGGAUGAUAAGCACAUUGUGUAGACUGAUGUGGCGCUGAUGAUUGUAAGCAAAGCUUUCAUCAUUAUGAGAAAUUUGCUUCAAGAUAUAUUUGCAUUGUUUUGCAGUUUUGUAAGUGGUGACAUCUCUGAGUUUGUUGGAUUUGGGGAACUGGUAGUUUAGCAGAUGGUUUGUUUCUAAAUCUUUUUUGGAUUUAAUCUAAAUCUCGUAUUGGACUUUCUUUGAUAAUUUAAUUAAAUCUCAUUUUGUAUUGUUUCUGAGAGAACAUCGAUUCUUAUUUCUGUAUGCAGAUCUUACUUUUUGAUCUA